GUGUGUGUGUGUGGAUACAGUUACAAGUUUCCUACUACUUAAGGCAAAUGAGUGACAGAAGAGGAUCUAAAAGGGACACUGACCCUGAUAUGUGAAUGAGGGGAAGGGGGUUUUGGUGACCCACAAACCACCGUUAGACAGCCUCGGCAGCGGCUAGUGGAGCUACAGGAGGUCAGUGAGACCUAUUGCAGUGCAGCACAGGAUACGCGAGAUGGUAGGCGGUGAAACAGCUGUAGCAGCGCUCCUUGUGGUGGUUGUGGCAAUGACACAGGCCCAGGUUCCCGCGCUCGGUCCGUGUCCAGACAUCGAGACCAUGCGAAAUUUCAACUUACAGAAGUACCUGGGUCAGUGGUACGAGGCGGAGCGAUACUUCGCGCUGUUCGAGUUCGCCGGCAAGUGCGUGGCUGCCAACUACACGGACGCGGGGGAUGGACGCAUCAGCAUCGUGAACCGACAGAUGAGCUACCUGACGGGUAUACGUUCCAUGAUUGAAGGUGAAGUCCGUAUGACUGGGCGAACCGAGGAAUCGAAACUCAGCGUCAAAUUCCCGUCAUUGCCAGUGCUGGUGGACGCGCCGUACUGGGUCCUGGGUACGGACUACGAGAACUAUUCUGUCGUCUGGUCCUGCUCGAACUUCGGUCUCUUCAGCACUCGCAACGCGUGGAUUUUGACCCGAAGUCGACACCCGACGCUGGAAAUCAUGGAGAAAGCGUAUUCCGUCGUUGACAAACACGGAAUAAGUCGAGCGUACUUCAUUCGCACUGACCACAAGAACUGUCCAAACACGUGGCAUUGACACGUGGUACACUCAUCUGCGCAGGUCUUCGGAAGAUCUGCUGCAGAAUAAUGGAUUGACUGCAACACAUCGGUUUGAGCAAUCACGUGUUUACCUUGCGUAACAAAUUCACAAAACGUUAAAUGGCUUGCCUUUCAUCGAUCGAUGCAUCUGAACGCCUUCGCUACUGAAGUUUACAGCAGGUAGGCAACUGAAAAUACCAUCAAAAUUCACGUUCUUUUUCUUCGCCGACUACAAACUGAACUACAAGAUGGAACUUAAAUUCUGACGACAGAAAGGUGCAGGCUGUCAAUCUGCACGGCAUCUGCACCUGCUCCAGUCCCUGUGAUGGUUCUGGCCUGUGGAGCGCCUUCUUUCCUCAGCUGCUUUGGUCGUGCUCUUCCUCAGUCACCUCGUGAGGUCCAGUUAGCUAUGUUAAACUCCUUUUGGCCACUUCCUUCCUUCUUCCCACUCAUUCUUCUUGUUGUUGCAUAGAAUUAGUUUCGAAGUCCCAAUUAUUAUUAA